AGCCUCACUCUGGUCCCUGCGGCUGGCGGCCGAGCCGUGUGUCUCCUCCUCCGCCGCCGCCAUAUUGUCUGUGUGAGGAGAGGGGAGAGCGGCCGCUACCGCUGCCGCUUCCACCACAGAAAACAGGUCUUAAACCAAGUCUAACCCCAUCUCCCAGCUGCCUCUGAACACGGUGACUGCCAGAUCUCCAAACAUCAAGUUCAGCUUUGUUCGCCAACCUGUCUGACAUGUCGGGACCCGUGCCAAGCAGGGCCAGAGUUUACACAGAUGUUAAUACGCACAGACCCCGAGAGUACUGGGAUUACGAGUCACAUGUGGUGGAAUGGGGAAAUCAAGAUGAUUACCAGCUGGUUCGAAAAUUAGGCCGGGGUAAAUAUAGUGAAGUAUUUGAAGCCAUCAACAUCACAAAUAAUGAAAAAGUUGUUGUUAAAAUUCUCAAGCCAGUAAAGAAGAAGAAAAUCAAGCGUGAAAUAAAGAUUUUGGAGAAUUUGCGAGGCGGUCCCAAUAUCAUCACACUGGCAGACAUUGUAAAAGACCCUGUGUCACGAACUCCCGCCUUGGUUUUUGAACACGUAAACAACACAGACUUUAAGCAAUUAUACCAGACGUUAACAGACUAUGAUAUUCGGUUUUACAUGUACGAGAUUCUGAAGGCCCUGGAUUAUUGUCAUAGCAUGGGAAUUAUGCACAGAGAUGUGAAGCCCCAUAAUGUCAUGAUUGAUCAUGAGCACAGAAAGCUACGGCUAAUAGACUGGGGUUUAGCUGAGUUUUACCAUCCUGGCCAAGAAUAUAAUGUCCGAGUUGCUUCUCGAUACUUCAAAGGUCCUGAGCUACUUGUAGACUAUCAGAUGUACGAUUAUAGUUUGGAUAUGUGGAGCUUGGGUUGUAUGCUGGCAAGUAUGAUUUUCCGGAAGGAGCCAUUUUUUCAUGGACAUGACAAUUACGAUCAGUUGGUGAGGAUAGCCAAGGUUCUGGGGACAGAAGAUUUAUAUGACUAUAUUGACAAAUACAACAUUGAAUUAGAUCCACGUUUCAAUGAUAUCUUGGGCAGACACUCCCGUAAGCGAUGGGAACGCUUUGUCCACAGUGAAAACCAGCACCUUGUCAGCCCUGAAGCCUUGGAUUUCUUGGACAAGCUGCUGCGAUACGACCACCAGUCACGGCUCACUGCAAGAGAAGCCAUGGAGCACCCCUACUUCUACACUGUUGUGAAGGACCAAGCUCGGAUGGGCUCAUCUAACAUGCCAGGAGGCAGUACGCCUGUCAGCAGCGCCAAUAUGAUGUCAGGGAUUUCUUCAGUGCCAACCCCUUCACCCCUCGGACCUCUGGCAGGCUCACCAGUGAUUGCUGCUGCCAACCCCCUUGGGAUGCCUGUUCCGGCUGCGGCUGGCGCUCAGCAGUAAUGGCCCCUUCUGUCUCCUGAUGCCUGAGCAGAGGUGGGAGAGUCCACUCUCUCCUUGAUGCAGCUUGCGCCUGGCGGGGAGGGGGUGAAAUACUUAAGAAGCACCGUGUCUGAACCGUUGCUUGUGGAUUUAUAGUAGUUCAGUCAUAAAAAAAAAAUUAUAAUAGGCUGAUUUUCUUUUUUUUCUUUUUUUUCUUUCUUUUUUUUACUCGAACUUUUCAUAACUCGGGAAUCCCUGAAAAAUUACCUGCAAGUGGAAUAUUUCAUGGACAAAUUGUUUUCUCCCCUUCCAAAUUCAGUUCCUCAUCACUAAAGAACAAAGACAAACCAGCCUCAAUAUCUGCUGCUGCAUUUGGGUGGGGAUUUCUUCCCAUGCCCACCAUUGCUCACCCACCAUCCCACACUUUGUAUCUCAUGCUCUUUUCCAGAGAUUACAAAAAUGUAGCUUCUUCAAGGGAAGUGGGAAGGAAAGAGGGAGGACCCAACCUAUAAAAGCAGUGUCCUGCUAAUUAUUCACAUAACUAUACUCCAAAAGUGCUUCAGUGGGGUUAUCCUGGUGAACCUAGUGGAAAUAUGUCUUAAUGGUUACAUUGAGAUGCUGAAAAAAUCUACCCAAAAUGCUGACACGUCCUGAAAACUUCUGUUCAGUAUGAAUCAUGUCUUACUGACCUGACCCUAAAUCCAACUCACUUAUAACUUUAGUUUCAAUUUAGUUUAAAACUUGAAUAACCUUCCCUCCCAAGCUCUGUACCUUGGUCCUCUCCCCUUUUAUUUCCCAACAUACUUUAUAGCUGGUAGGAGGGGGAAAGCAAAAUAUUUUUACAUUUUCUUUGAUUUGGCCAUUUUGAAUUCAGUUAGUUAUUGGGUAUAAUUUAUUGCUUUUUACAAAAGAAAAAAUUGUCUAUAUAGGUUUCCUGCUAACAACGCUUUAAGAGCUCAUGGGAAAUGUGGCCACACUGUUUCAUUUUAAGCUUUUACUUUCUUUUCCUCCUACCUUCCCGUUUCCUCACAUGCCAUCCAGUGAGAAGACCUGCCUCUCAGUCUUGUAAAUGUAUUUGAGAGGUAGGAGCAGAGCCACUGUCUCCAGUGAAACUGAAAUGGUAGACCUGUAAUUGUGGGAAAACUAUAAACUCUCUUGUUACAGCCCUGCCACCCCUUGCUGUGUGUAUAUAUAUAGUACUUUGUCCUUCAUAUGUGAAAGAUCCAGUGUUGGAAUUCUUUGGUGUAAAUAAACGUUUGGUUUUAUUUAUCAA